GUUUCGUUGAAACCAAACGCGCCGCGUGCCUGUGAGUGGGGAGGAGGCGGCCCUGGAAGCUGCGGGUGUGGUGACGUAUUUCCUCGUCACUGACUUUUACUCCUCCCCUUUCCUUCGGAGUGCUCACCUUACUUCCUGUGGCUUCGAGGGAACUGGAAGGAGCUGAGGCCGGAGGCCUGGGAAUUGGGAUGGACGAGCUUCCGCCGCGGAUGACGCCCGAAGAGGAAGGAUCUUUUCCAUAUCUUAGAAUUAAAGACCAAACACCACCGAUCCUAACUAAGGCUAUCGAUGCAUUGCAUCGACAUAAAAGUGAGUUCUUUGAGAAGCAUGGAGAGGAAGGUACGGAAGCAGAAAAGAAAGCUAUCUCUCUUCUUUCUAAGUUAAGAAAUGAACUACAGACUGAUAAGCCAUUUCUGCCUUUGACUGAUAACUGUGUUGAUACUGAUACAUGGAACCAAUACCUGGAAUAUCACCAUAGUCUUUUAAAUGGAAAUAACAAAAAAAUAAGCUGGUUUCAUUCUCCUUGGUUGUAUGUAGAGUGUUACAUGUACCGUAGAGUUCAUGAAGCAUUAAUGUUAAGUUCACCAAUAAGUUAUUUUGAUGUAUUUAAAGAAUCAAAACACCAGAAUUUCUUUGAAUCACAAGAAGCUAUUAAGAGUUUAUGUAAUUACCUACAAGAGUUAAAAAAAGGGAUGGAAAACCUAGAUGAAAAUCAACUGAAAGAUGAGUUUUUUAAACUUUUGCAGAUUAUGUUAUGGGGAAAUAAGUGUGAUCUGGCAAUUUCACCUGAUCAGAGCGUCCCUCAAACAUCUAGUCCACUAGCCUCUUUGGAAGACCUGAAACCUUUUAUUGUAGUGAAUAAUACAGACUACCUUUGGUCACUACUUAUAAAGAGAAAGAAAAUGAGUCAGGAGACAUUUUCUGCUACUAGAGUGGAUUUUAUUAUGGAUAAUGCAGGGUUUGAACUUGUUGCAGAUUUGGUAAUGGCAGACUUCCUGUUAGCCUCUAAGUUGGUUACUGAGAUCCACUUCCAUGGAAAAAGUAUUCCCUGGUUUGUUUCAGAUACUAAUAAAAAUGACAUGGAUUGGUUGAUUAAACAAUUAAAAGCUGCUAAUAUCAAGUGCAUGUCCGAGUGUGGGGUUAACUGGGAGCACUAUCUUAAGCAUACAUGGAUUUACCAAGAUCAUAUGUUUUGGACUCUUCCUCAUGAGUAUUGUACUAUGGCUCAGGUUGCUCCUGACUUGUAUGCUGAACUACAGAAGUCAAAUUUAAUUCUGUUCAAAGGUGAUCUGAACUAUAGGAAAUUAGUAGCAGACAGAAAAUGGGAGUUUACAGUUCCAUUUCAUCAGGCUUUGAAUGGCUUCCAUCCUGCACCUCUCUGCAGUUUAAGAACAGUAAAAACUGGAGUUCAAGUUGGUCUGGAACCUGGGCAAGGGGAACAGCUUGCCCUUUCUGACCCUAAUUGGAUGACCAGUGGAAAAUAUGGUAUAUUUCAAUUUGAUGGGUCAGUUUGAUUUGGGCUUUUAAAACCUUUGAAGAGGAGCUUUAGCCUGCACACUUCCUCCCCAGGAAAGUAAUUUUGAAAUUUAAUUACUUUGAGAAUUUUUGGGUUUCCUUUUGAAAGCUUAACCCUUUCAGUAGCAGUUGUCCUUAUUAUGUACUGAUGUUGCUGAUUAAGGGUCUUUAAGUUUAGCUGCUCUGGGAGUCUUAAAGACAUUUAAUAUCUCGUUAUUCAUUGCAGUUUUAUAUCUAUCAUCCAACAUUUCAAGUGGUUUGAAGAAGCUACUGAGAUAAAUUUAUGUAAAAAGUGUAUUUAUAAUUAAUUAUACGUAUAUUUCUAUUUAAUUUUUGCCAUUUAAAAAUAGUGAACUACAUGAUAUAUAAUAUUUUGAGAAAUAUUAAAUUUAUUUAACUUAAUUUUGUACUGCUGCAACACAAGUCAUAUGGUGGCAAAAAUUCUAAUUUAUUUACCCUUAGGGUGAAUUUCUUAAAACUAAUGUUUGAACCACAUGGAAGUAGAAAAUUAGCUUGAGAUUUUUAAUAAUUCAGAGGAAUUCCCUUUUGUACUUGAUUUUUUUUUAAUGAUAGUAGCCUGCAUUCAUAGGCAUUCUGCAUUCCUAUAACAUAUUUACUUUUUUGAAUGGUUUGUUAAAUUACAAAAACCAAGAAAAUAUUAAACAGACUGAAAGGAUGUUGUAUUAUUGAAGAAUGCGAUAUCUUCUUCAUGCUUAUGAAUUAUAUCCAUAGAAAUUAAAAGAUAUUCUGAUCAAAUUGUCUUUAGAAAUGAACAAAUUCCUUUUCUGGAAUUUUAUGUAUUAACCUGCUUGGGAAAAUUUAGACUUUGCCCCUGACUGAAAAAGCAUUUAUUUCUCAUACUUUGAAUUUGGAAGGAUGUCUUUCCACCAAGGGCCAGCUUUGAACUUGAAUUUUUAUCUUUACCACCUUGGUUUGAAAAUAUACAUAUAUAACUGAAUAUGUUUUCUGGGGCUUUGCUAAUAAAAUAAAAGUGCAUUCAAAUUCCAUUUGGUUUUGUUUUCCAUCCCAGAAUUAAAAAUAGACAAUUAAAAGCCCAAUCAGUACAAUUAAGUAAUGCAUCAAUAACACAAAAGCAGGCCUUAUACAAUUCAGUUUACACAUGAGAUUGUUUUUCAAAGCUUCCUACUUGGCUGAAAAAAAAGUUUGGUAGUACAAUGUAUAUAUAAAAUAACAGCUAAUUUAUUUCUAUAUAUAGUUUCAUUAAUUCUUUUCAAAGAUAAAUUAUUCUGUACAUAGAAAGUUGAAGUAUCAACAAAUAUGAGGUUAUUCACAGCACAUUGUAGUGGGAUAAAAGCAUUUAUAUGGACUACUCAAGUAGUGUGCUGGCUCUUGUGUUGAUAUUACAUUUUGUUAGACAAUAAAACAAUAGCUAUUAACAAUUUUGUCAAAUGAAAUGCAAUACUCAUAAUGAACUUGAAAACUGAAGUUUUCACUUCACAAACUUUUCAGUUCAAGUUUUCUAAGUUUCCCAAUUUUUAAGUACUAUGGGGUUAAAUUGCUGUAAUAAAAUUUGCAUUUGAAAAAAAUUUUGAGCAUUUUCUUGUAUUGUUCCUAAAUUAUGUAGCAUGUAGCAUGAAUCUUGGUUCUUUUAAAAAUAUUUGAUUGAUGUACUUUUUUUUUCCACACUAUGUUUUCCCACUAAUUCUAUCCUGCUUCAGUUGGCACCCACUUUUGUCAAUAUAGUCUAGCAAAACAAAUCAAUACAAUGGAUAUUAUCUGGCUAUACCUUAUUCUGUAUCUCUUUUUAUCAGAGAGGCAUGCUUCAUGAACAUCAGUCUUCUGAAGUCAAGAUUUGACACUUGCUUUAAAAAUGUUUUUAAAACUCGACAAGCAUGAUUUUUACAUUUUAAAAAAAUCCCAGAAAAAGGAUUGUAUGUGAAUCUGUGACUAUUAAUACAGUUUGGGAAUGUAUCAA